AUGAGUUCUGUUCAAACACAUUUAACACAGAUUGCUGAAGCCAUCAAAGCAGGACAAGAUACCACUAAGCUUGAACAGACUGUUAGUGAUAUGAUUUUUUGUUUUCUUGAACAACCAAUUUUUUAUAAACUCCCAAUCGAACUAAUUUCUCGUUGCAUUAAGAAUUCAGGUGAAAUAUUCACUGAAAAGAAUCUAAAUUUCAUAUUAGCAAACUUAUCUAACGCUCUUAAUAAAGAUGCAACAAAAUUAUUCGAUCCAAUCAAAACGUGCACUGCAGAUCAGCUUUCUAAUGCCUUAUCUAAGAUCGAAAUUUGCCCAGAUUUGGCACAACCAUUACCUAUUCCUGAAUCAGAUUUCAUUGCUACGCAACCUCCUUCUCCUAUUGAACUCCUUCGUCGUUACAAUGACGCCCAGUUAGAACUUGCACGUGCUCAAUUCACCAAAUCGAUCCAAGAACUACGUGAUAGCCUCAAAACUUCACAAGAAGAAAUUGCUAAAGGUCCAGAAAGGAUUAACGAAGCUCAGGCUAUCGGUAAUAAGCAGAUUGAAGAGAAGAAAGCACAAUUCAAGCAAGAAGAAGACGAACUUCUUAAAAAAGUUCAAGAUUUAGAAAAAAGAUACGACGAUUUACUUGUUAAAUUAAGCGAAAACCCACAGCAACGCGAAUUUUACGACAAAUACAUGAGUCUCCAGCAUCAGUACAUGCAAGAAAGGACUGAAUUAGAGCAGAGAUUGAAUAAAGAAGUUGCUCCUCUCAAAGCACAAGUCGAUAGCUACGUACAACAGCUCAACCAAGAGAAGGAGGCCCAGAAGCAGAAGGAAGUCCAAGAAGUAAGGCAAGCUGCAGCAAAUUUGAGAAAACAAAAGAAAGCCAAAGAGCAAACAAAGACAGAAGAACAACCAAAGCAACAAAAACAACAAAAGAGGAAGGAAGAGACACAAGAGGAUAUGAUGGAAGGCUUAGAAGAACAAGAAGAAGAUAUAUCUGUUCCUCUUGCCAUUCCAGAGCAUCCAGUACCUGUCAAACCAAUCAACAAACCAAAGCCAACGCCAUUACCAACGAAAUUUACAAGUAUUUUCGAUGCAAUUUUGCUUCAUAACAUUGAUGAAGUCAAAAAGUUCAUCGAAAAGAAGAAAUCAAUUGUUAACGAACGUGGUAACAUGAGAAUUACGCCAUUUACUACUGCUGCUCUCGAGGAUGAUCUCGAAAUUAUGAAAAUCCUCCACGAGAACGGCGCCGAUCCAAAUAUUACAGAUGGAACUGGCCGUACAGCCUUCCAUAUUGCUGCUGCUAAGGAAUCUAGGAAAGUUAUUGAGUUCCUUGCAGAUAUCAAAGCAGAUAUAAGUAUUAAAGAUAAAGAUGGUCGUAAAGUAACAGAUAUCAUUCGCGAGCGUGAAGAAUCCCAUAACAAAAUGCAGGAAGCUUGUAAAGAAAACGAUGUUAGAAAACUUGGAGAUGUUCUUAGAAAGUGGCCGGACAUGGUUUCAACUGUUUUCAGAGGGGGAAUCACUCCAUUACAUUUGGCUGCUGGUUUUGACUCUCAGAAGAUUUGCCAGAAGCUUUUACAGUGGGGAGCCGAUAUUAAUGCUGUAGAUGAUAACGGAAAUACACCUCUCCAUUACGCUGUUCAAUAUGAUGCACCUCAUACGUCUAGAUACUUGCUUAGAUCAGCUGCUGAUGCAACAAUUAAGAAUAAGGCUGGUAAACUCCGUUAG